AUGGCAGUCGACGUCGCCCCUUAUGCGCCGCGAAGUAUAUUGGAGACUCUCCCCUGCCACCUGCCGCAGUCGCACUUCGAUGUCGAUGCCGACCUCGAGAGCAUCGCCACACCCAUCAUACAGUCUCUUGGGAACAUCGAAGCCUCGAAGCUCUCGUCGACGUCGAUAUGGCGAGACCUCUUCGCCCUGACCGGCAGCAUGCGGACCAUUUACUCGCCACAUUCCAUUGUGAAGGCAUGGUCCGGCACGUGCAAAUCUCGACAGGCAGGAGAUUUCGCCCUCGUCAAAGGGUCAGCUCAGCCGUUGCGGCUGGACAAGAACACAGGCUGGGUCAAUAUCUCGUUCAGCUUUCGCAACCGAGGAACCCCCGCGGCGACGUGUCGUGGGUAUCUGUCCCUGAUCCUCGAAGACGACGGACAGUGGAAGAUCUGGAUGAUCCGGACGGUUCUCGAACAACUGGAGGGAUGCGAGAACGUCGACGUGCUGCAGCCUGUCGAGAGGGCACUGGACGGUGUCAACGGUCAUCACACAUCGACACAAACCGGCCAAGUGAAUGGCAAUCAUACACUCGACGAUAGAGCCACCGGAGCCACCACCGGGGCAACCAGCUCGGCGGGCCAUUUCGAUUGUGUCGUCGUGGGGGCGGGUCAAGCAGGCCUGGGGACAGCGGGCCGUCUUCAAGCGCUCGGUCUCUCGUACGUCGUCCUCGACAAGAACGCCCAAGUCGGCGACAACUGGAUGACGCGCUACGACUCGGCCCGACUACACACGGCGCGCGAAUACAACCAUCUGCCCUUCGACCGCACGUUCCCACUCCCGUACCAGGAAUUUCUCACCAAGUACGACCUUGCCAAGGGGUACAAAGAGUGGGUGGACAAGUUCGGCGUUGCCCGGCACAUCUGGUUCAAGACGACGCUGGACUCAGGCUCGUGGGAUGAGCAGUCCCGCACCUGGACCUUGCACGUCAGCCGGGCGGACGGCUCCGUGCAGACGCUCACCACGGACCACGUCGUCAUGGCCACGGGCGGCGGCGGGCAGAUCCCCAUCAUGCCGCACUACCCGGGCCGCGAGACCUUUCAGGGCACGGUGUUACACUCGGCGGACUACAAGUCCGCGGCGCCGUGGCGCGGGCAGCCCGGCAUUGUCAUCGGCACGGCAAACACGGCGCACGACGUCGCCGAGGACAUGGUCGAGGCGGCGCUCUCGCACGUCACCAUGGUGCAGCGGUCGCGCACGUACGUGUUGCCGUGCGAAUACUUCAAGGUCAUCUCCGACCGGUCAUACAAUGCGCAGGUCGCCACCGUCGACGCCGAUCGCGACGGCUACACGAUGCCGUACGCGGUCACGCGGCUGCUGAGCCGAAGGGCGUUGCAUGCCGCGGCGGCGCGGGAGCCGGAACGCUUCGACGCUCUCGAGAGGGUCGGCUUCCGGGUGGAAAGGUACGGCGACAUCAUGUGGCACAUCUGUGAGAAAUUGGGUGGACACUACAUGGACGUGGGAUGCUCAGACCUGAUCGCCAAGGGGAAGAUUAAGAUCAAAUCCGACGCCCUUCCGACGCACUACACACCUACAGGCUUGGCGUUCAGCGACGGCACCGAGAUUCCCGCCGCGGUCAUCGUCUUCAGCACCGGGUUCGUGGGCAACAUGCGCACCGACGUGGCGCGCAUCUUCGGCAAGGAGGUGGCGUCCAGGGCUGACGACUUCUGGGGUCUCGACAGCGAGGGCGAGCUCAAGGGCGUGUUCAAGAAGAACAGACAUCCCGGUCUGUGGUACACGGGCGGCACGGUCGGGCACGCGCGGUAUUUCUCGAGGUUCGUGGCGUUGCAGAUCAAGGCGGACAAGAUGGGGACGCCGCUGCCAGUGUACGACGGGGAGAGGAGGACGGAGACGCUGGAUGUGAGAGUGGUUUCGGACGGAGGAUUGUUGCAGAACGGACAUUGA